UCGGACCUAACCGGACUUCAGCUGACCGCGGGUGAAAAUCGUACGACACCUCAUUUCAGCUGGCGCUGAGUUGACCUGAAUAUCGCAGAAUAUCGGUUGCUGCAUGAGAUGCCCAAAAAUCGUUCCGUGUUUGGAAGGGGAUUGGAUGACUUGGCGGGACCGAGGGCGAGAACUUGUGCGAUUUAUGUUGGCCUGACCAGUUCAGACGUUGGUCGGAUGAUGCUGCAACUGCGGCUACUCGUGGUAUCGAUGACCGCUUCAGCAAUUCGGUUCUCAUCAGCUUGCGUAGGCGUAGAAAACAGAUACUACGACAAGGAGCGCUCCAAAAGCUUCGCUACGCGACAAGCAUCCUCAAAUUUUGGCCCACACGCACACUUCCGAUUCGUCCUCAACGCACGAAGCGUCAGACGAAAAAAGGCCAAUAUAAUGAUCAAAGCUCCGACGGCCGUCAUGACAAAACAACCCAGUUCAAAAGCGACCAAGAAGAUUGAAAUGGGCGCUGCCACCAGUUUUGGCAAAUAGAGCUCCACCGUCGGCACCAGCAAUGUUCCUACCGCCAACCUGGGCACCAACUCACAACCCUUCAAAACACCCACGCCGAGAAAAUCCUUGUGACGCACGACGCGAUAACGACCGCAGACGCUCUCUUCGAAACGUGUCUCUGUGCACUGUCAGUCGGCAG